AUGAGGAGAUGCAAAGAUGACUGGGUGAAUGCCACGCAGAUAUUAAAACUUUGUAACUUUCCCAAAGCUAAGCGGACAAAAAUUCUCGAAAAGGGGGUGCAGCAAGGUCUUCACGAAAAAGUUCAAGGAGGAUAUGGAAGAUUCCAAGGAACAUGGAUCCCUUUAGCCGACGCUCGUAGAUUAGCUGACGAGUAUGGAAUAACAGCUGAAAUGGUGCCUGUUCUCUAUAUUGAUGUUAAGGAUCCUUCAAUCAUCAUCCCUAAAAAGUCCAAACCUCCUUCGAGCUCGACAGCACUCAAUAAGGACGGCACGCCAGUCAAGAGGAAAUAUGUGAAAAAAGCCAAAAAGGAUAACCUAACGCCCAAGAAAAUGAAAUUUGAUGACAACCUUCCUCCGCAGGCGGUGUUCACUCAGGAUUACCCUCCCAGUUUGUCAACAGGUGAAGCUCAUAUCCUUCAAAAUAAUCGUUCGUUGCCAAUGCAGCAGAUUCCCAUGAAUUCGCAACAGAUACAGUCGUCCCAUCUUCCAGCACCAUUUCAACAGCUGGAUUUUCCAGCCAACAACAUCUUAAACCCCAACCAACGAGUACACAUGGAAAAUUUCCAAGAUUACCCAAACUAUCAGAUGCAAAUGCAAAAUUAUCAACAGCAGCAGCAACAGCAGCACCAACAACAACAACAGCAACAGCAUCAACAAGUGGUGCCGUCAGCGAGACAAGAUUCCAAACUGUACGGUUACACAGGGGCAAUCGAGAAUGUGGCUCAACAACAAAUGUUAUAUCAGCAGCAGCAGCAUCAUCUGAAAGGCGGAUCCGCGUCGACCAAUGACACAAACUGGUCACAGGAUGAGCACUCUCGUGAUUCAGACACUUCAGUAUCAUCCAUGGAAAUCAAAAAUAACAAGGCUCUUUUGGAAGAAGACAACUCACAUCCCGCACAGUUGUUGAGGUUCUUCAGUGAAGAAAAGGCUCCCAUCCCGUAUUUCUUGUACAAUCCGCCACCCGACUUCAACAUCAAUGAGGCAAUCGACGACGAGGGUCACACAACUCUACACUGGGCAGCCUCGAUCGGUAAUCUCAACUUGGUGCAUCUUCUUCUCUCUAAAGGAGCCAACCCUUUGGUUGUGAGCAAUUACGGCUUAAACCCUCUAUCAAAGAGUAUUUCUUUCAAUAACUGCUAUGAUCUUAAAAACUUUCCACAAAUCAUAGACGCUUUGGAAUCCUGUUUGAUAAACACAGACAUAAAUGGGCGUACACCAUUGCAUUAUCUUUGCCAGUUUGCCAAAGUCCAAACCAAACUACCGUCGCUCUCCUAUUACCUUGGUAUUAUUUUUAACAAGUUAGUUUUCAUGUCAGAAAGCAACAAGGGUACAGGAGUGAACUUAAUGAAGAAUGUGAUUGACCACCAAGAUGUGAAUGGAGACACAUGCCUUCACAUUGCAGCAAGAUCCAGAUGUACACAAUUUGUCAAGUUUUUCUUAAGUAAUGGCGCCAGAGACGACCUUAUAAAUGUCAAUAACGAGACUGCAAAGACAAUAAUAAUCCAACAAGAUCUUCUUGUCUAUAAUUUUGACCUGCCUAACAUGUCUUUGCACCCGUCACUCCAAGCAUUUCAACCAUCCCAUCAGAUGCCUCUGGAUGACCAAAUGAACACUCGCAGAUCACAAGGUGGACCCAGAUUAGGAACGCCAAUCCAAGCAUCCAGACACACUGAAACUCCUGAUACCCAAAGAACUACAAUUCAGGAUGAUGACGAAUAUGAAGAAGUAAAUGACCAUGUGAGCAAAGAGCACUUAAGAACAUUAUUAGAAGAACAGGCUGGAACUGUUGAAGAAAAUAAAGAGAACAUUUUUGAGGACCUUCCGAAAACUGCUCUUCGCUCAGCUUCUCCCUCAAAACCCCACAUAGGUGGUGUGAACGCACAUAUUCGACACAAUGUCUUGAGAGCACCUUCAGGAAGAGGGGAAGCAAAGACACCUAGUGAGAUAACAUCGUCUCCAACAAGAAGCUACUCACCCCAUCCUCCACAAUUGGAUGAUGAAGGUCAUGUUAUUGAUCUGAGUAGCUCCUAUGGCUCUUCAGAGGAGCAAAAUGGACGGAUUCCCGUGAAGGAUGUAUCGUCUAUGAUGAGCGGGAUGGUCAAUCUUCUUACUGAUUCGUACAUCCAGGAGUUGAACGGUUUGAAGAUUGAAUCCAAGCGCGUGAAGAGCAUAUUACUCGAGAAGAAAGACCUCAACAACAAAUGCAUCGAAAGAGUCAAGAUUCUCUUAAAUAAGAAUGGCUUUGAAGACGUUUCCCUGUUAGAUGAGGCAAGAAAGGUUGUUGAUGAAGAAUUAAAUGUCUUCGCGCAAGAGAUACAACAUAAGGAAGCACAACUCACAUGCUCAAUUGAAAAGGCGCAAGCUUUCGAACUAGCAAAUUUGGUUCAAGACAAUGAAAGCCAAAUCCAAUCACAGCAAGAGGGGGGUAAUGGCCUUCCGGACAACUUGGAACUAGGAGUUGCAUUAACGGAGGCGCAAAUUAAGAGAGUUGAUUUGGUGCACAAGGUUGUCGAAAGCGUGAAGAACUUUGCCAUCGACUCUAAAAUGAACAAGUAUAGAAAAUUGAUAAGUCUUAGUUGCGGCUUGCGCAUGGAAGACAUUGAUGGUUUGAUAGAUGGCAUCGAGGAGUCUCUCAUGGAAAAGUCUCACUAA